GGCAGGAACUAGGAGAUAAACAGCGGAGAACCCAGGAGUCCUAGACGACCUCUCUUUUCCUGGCUCUUCCGAGUCAAGAUUGGAUCUACCUGGAUGGUGCUGGCGACUUGCUCUCUCUUUUCUGAAGAUACCUUGGCCCACAGGGAAGUAGAUCCCAGCUGUCCUGGUUACCAGCUCUCUUCCCCCUCUCCUUUAACCCUCUAGGAACCACUGGCCAGCUGUGAACCUAAACACGGUGGCUUCUGGCUUACCCCCCCCAUCUAACUCUUUUGAAGCAUCUCUCUUCCCCUAAUUGGGGCCCCCCUGUCUUCCAGUAGCCCCCCUCCCAGCAAUCCCAUGGCAACCACCACAGCUUCCUCUGUGUACUCUGAGGAGGAAACCCAUCGGACUCCUUUUCCUCUGACCCCACCUGUUCUUGGGGACGAGUUCUACCCCUUUGGGGGCGAACGCCGGCAGUCUUUUGUGGGUGAUGUGGUUGUCGGGGAUGGGAACCCCGAAGACGCGGAUUUGAGCAUUCUGCUUCAGAGGAAGGAGCAGGAUUUACUGCUGGCGGCUGAACUGGGAAAGAUGCUACUGGAACGGAAUGAGGAACUGGGUCGGGGCUUUGAGGAGUUGACCAAGGAGCACACGGAGGCCUUGGAGCGUCUGGAACAAGAGAAGCACGAACUCCGCCGCCGUCUUGAAUCGGGCCAGGCUGAGUUCGAAACUCGUGUGACGGAACUGGAGACUGACUUGGCAGCCGCCCGGGCCCAGCUGGGACAACAGCGUCUGGAGCAGCGGGACACCAACCGCGAGAGCUCGCAGGCCGUCCUGGAUAUGUCAGAACAGAACCAGCGCCUGGUGGAGCAGCUCAGCCAGGUCUCCCAACUGGAGCAGCAUCUGCGGGAAGAACUGAGCCUGCUGCGAGGGGAGAACCGGACCUUGUCCCUCAGCAGUGCCGAACACGCCGCCAGAACACAAAGCCUGCAAGCUGAGAAUCUUCUGUUACAGGAGUGGAAGCAAGAUUUGGAGAAGCAGACCCGUCAGCUCCGGGAGGAGAAUGAAUCCGUCCAGGCCCUGGUGGACACCUUGCACGAUAACCUCCUCCUGUUGCGCAGAGAGAGUCACGAGAAGGAGCUACGGAUGCAGCUGCUCGAAGCUGAAACAGAGGAGCUACGGGCCUCCAACCGCCAUCUUCACCUUCAGGUCAAGGAGAUGAAGGAAGAGAUUCGGCUUCAUGAUGCAGAUACCUCAGUCACUUCCAUCCAGUCGGAAAUUGGAAGCAGUUUGGAGGAUGCUCCGGGAGCACCUGGACAGACCCCAAAGUUGAUGGUCAACGGCACAAGCAAGGCCAGCCCUGCGGCUGCAGCUCCAAAGAAUCCCGCACGGAGAUCAGAGGAGGAGGAGGCUGAAUACGCCAAGCGAGUCUUAGCCCUGAGUUAUCAGGGACAAGACAUACUGAAGCAGAAGGAGAUAGAGAUCAUGAAACUCCAGGAUCAGGUCACUCUGCAGUACGUAGAACUGAACAGUUUAAAGUCGGAGAUAGAGAACCAGAGGCGUCUGUAUCAAGAGAGCAAGCGGGACGAGGCCUUGAAGUUAGCCAUAUUGGAUCGGGAUGAGGCAAUAAUAAAGAAAGGCGAGAUGGAGCUGGAGCUGGCAAAAGUCUCUCUGGAACGGGAUUCCAUGAGCCAGCAACUAUUGCGUGUCAUACGGCAAAAGAUGGCUCUUUCCCAAGAGCUGGAAGCUUGGCAGGAUGAUAUCCAAUACAUCAUCCACCAGCAACUGCUCCAGAAGCAGCAGGAAUGGACCCAUCCCAUCUCUCAAUCGCCUAAGAGCCCAACGCAAGGCAAAAACCCUCCUUUCUUUCAACGGGGCGCCAGCAUCCCCAACGGCACCGGCUUCUUCUCGCUCUUCCGGAAAAGUUGAAGGGUCUGGAGAUGAUGGGAAGUUCUGGAGAAGGCUGGAGAAAAUAUAAAACGCCAGUCACGGAUGAAGGAGAAGGCUGAAUCUAGACAGUGGCUGCCCAUGAGAAAAGACUGCUGUGAAAACGGCUCUAGUGCCUGUGAGCCUCCUGCAAUUCUAGGCUAAAGAAUGUGUUUUCUUCCUCCAGUUCAGUCAUAAGACCAUUGGUAUCCUUUCUCCAACUGUGAGACUGACAGUUCCGUUUUGGUCUAAUGGGUCAUGACAUUGUACUCACAGAAGUUGGUCCUUAUUUACCAAGUAACUGAUGUCUAGAUACAUACUUCAUAUUUUACUGGGAUCCGUGAGGAGAUUUUAGCCAUAACAGUGGAACAGCCAAUCCUGCUAGGAGAUAUAAGAACAUAAGAACUAGCCUGCUGGAUCAGACCAGAGUCCAUCUAGUCCAGCACUCUGCUACUCACAGUGGCCCACCAGGUGCCUUUGGGAGCUC